AAAAUUUUACAAAUAGUAUUUGAACAAAUUAUGAAGUAAACAAAAUUUUUAAUCACCAUGGCAAAGAAGAAGGAACGAAAAUCCAAGUCCCGCUCAACGACGUUAGUACCUGCGCCCGAGCCACCGGCUGAGGCCGUGCCAGUUGAGAAACCAAGGCCCACGAUGAAGGAGCCACCACCGACAUUUAUCUUUGACGUCGUGGUGACCAAUUUGGAGGCACAGGGCGUAGAAAUCACUGAUCCCAAGGGGCUGGCGAUCGAUGUGAACUUCAAUCGCAUGCCUUUGACCCUCACCUCGAGCCGGAUCAAUGUCAACGAGUUCAAGCCGGGCAGCGGCACGGAGUUCCAGACGGAGCCCAAUUCCUUACGCAAAACUCUCGAGGAAUGCGGCAUGACAUUCGUGGUAAAGUACAAUGAUCGCGCUGUGGGCAGCGGACAGACAUCCUUCCCUACCAUGGUCACAGAGCGUAUCGAACGAGAGAUGAGCGACAUCAUCCAUGCGGACACAUGCGUUUUGUCUAAAGGGGGAGAGCCGGCUGGUAAGCUGGAGGUCCUCUGCCGCCUUGUCAUCCGCUGCAAUGAGCAGCCGAAGGUGGGAGAGAGCGAAUGCCAGCGGAACAUGGACAAAAGCAUCAAUCCGCAGGACAUAAUGUUCGUUAUGGGCGAAUCCCAGCACUGUCCCAGUCCUUGCGAUCCCUGCCUAGAUGCCAUGGAUUCAGAGCCGGGUGACGAGCGUCUGCGCCUGGAUCUGCAGCGAUAUCACAGUCAGAAGGCCGGCACCUUUAACCCCAACAAAAUGACGACGGACAAACCAUCUGGAAUUCCGGCUUGCUGUGAACUGAAGAAAAUGGCCGUGGAGUAUGAGCAGCUAAUAGACUCCAUAACCAGGUCCACGGGCUGCGCGCCACCUCCAAAGCCGCCUUGUCGGAACCCGGAUGAGUUUGAUAUGAGUCCCUGUCGUGACACACACAUGCCCGUGGAUCUGAAAAUGCCAGGAGAGCCCCAUCUGCCCUGCUUCUCGUAUCUGCCGACUCGUCAGGAACAGAAGCCCGACUUUUGCGAUCAGAACCAUAUACCAAUGCCCAUUGCAGACUGCGACGGAAAGAAGCCGGAGAUCAAGCCCAUCCGUUUCUGUCCCGUGUGCCUGACCAACAUGUCCUGGAUGCCAAAAUUUGCUUCCUGCCCAAAGUGUGGCAUCAAGCCGAUGCCCGUGGUAGGGGACCGGCACAAGGAAAAGAAACUGACGGCCGAUCAGAUACUGCUCGAAAUCCUUGGCAAGCCACCGCCCACGAUCGACGAUUACUGCGUGGAUCCUUGCGCAAAGGCAAUCAAGGACAAGGACAACGAUGCAGGUGGCACUGACGAGUGUCCUCCCUGCCGCUGCACUUGCAAAUUCGGGGAGCUCUGCGCCCACUGUCGCAUCCGGAAACUAUGCGCAGAUAUCUUCCAAACGAACCAAGUCCAGGCCAAGUGUCCCAAGGUGGAGCCGCAGCCGCCCGAAGACUUUUGCGUCGUUAACAAGUCGAGUAACGAGGACUGCCGACCCCAUCUGGCCAAGGUUUUCUCUGAGCUACGCGACCUCUACGACAUCAAGGACAAUAAAAAGAUAUACGAGUUCGAUGAGAACUGCGAAGUGAAGAAAAUCAUGGAGCCGAAGACGUCAGGCAAAGAUGAUGACAAGAAUAUCCGCAAGGCACAGACGAUGAAGAAGUCUCUCUACAGCCCAGGCCCCAAGCGCCCCUUCAACACUCGCACCGUGACUGGCCGCCACAAAUACUGCGUUCGCCAGCAAAGAGGAGUAUCCAGAGACCACGGCUGGUCAUGGAACAAGAGCUAUGAAGCCUGCCAGAUGGGCUGGCGACCCGGCGCCAUCCGGCGGCCCAUCGUCCAGCUGAUGAAGUUUUUUCUCCUAGACAGACAAGAGUCGGCCUUUAAGAAGUGCAAGGAUGCUGAGGCCGAUGAACUGGCCAAGGAGCUACAGCAGCCGGUGCUCAAUGUCUGCAAGAAGAACGGGGAGAUCUUUAUCACCCUCCGGCCGUUGGGCACGCUCGGGAUGCGGCAGAAGCCCAUCAUCUUCCGGGUGGUUAAGAGUGAACUGGCCGUGGCGCUGCGGAAGAUCAAACGGAUUCUCAAGGAAAAGGGCUUUAGAAAGUGCACCUGCCACCAGACGCUGAUGAUGUGCACCUGCCGCAACACCCUAGAGAGGAAGCAGCUGGCUUCCGCCCUUGACAAGCAGUGCCAGCGCCACUGCAUAGCCCCCUGUGCCGACCAUCUGGUCCUGACGGACACCAGCGAGAGCGAAAUGGAGUUCGACUUUAAUGUAACGCCUCCCGCAGGCACCGAGCAGCCGCAGAGGCAACCCAAAGCUCGCAGUGGAAACCGAGGCACACAGACCAGCAAAAAGGACCGAGAGCCGCCUUCCCCACUCUAUCCCAUCCAGCAAAAUCCCUACUAUCGCUCCUUCGACUGCGGCGUGGGCGAUCGUUACAUGGGCACUGCCUUUGGCCGCAAUGGGGAAACCGUCUUCGAGGACGGCGUCUUCGGCUACAUGGGCGGGGGGCAGCACGGCGAACCUCCAUCCCGUCGGAGUCCGAGAAUCUGGGGCACAAGUCCAGGCGCUCCUAUGCGCCUUGGCAUUGGUCGCAGCGCGGAUAACAACAAUCGAUUUAGUGGCACUGCCUGGCGUGGACUAGCCCGAAGAGUACUAACAAAAAUGCGAAAUGAGGCAAAGAUUCAGUAGAUUGUAUGUAGUUUUAAUUAGUUAUUAAUGGCAUUAACUAUACAUAGUAUG